AGGAUGGUCCCCGCCGUGGGGCUGCAGCUGCUGAGCCCGCCUUGUCCCCCGUCGAUCCUCCUCUCUCAAACCAUGCCAGAGAUGACCGAGAAAACUCCCUUGAAGAAGCCACACCGAAAGAAAAACCGUGAGACACACAAUGCAGUGGAGAGGCACCGGAAGAAGAAAAUCAAUGCUGGAAUAAACAAAAUCGGCGAGCUGAUUCCAUGUUCCCCAGCGCUGAAACAGAGCAAGAUCAUGAUCCUCGAUCAAGCGUAUAAAUAUAUAACGGAAAUGAAGAGGCAAAACGAUGAGCUCCUGUUAAAUGGAGGGAACCGUGAGCAAGCAGAAGAAAUAAAGAAGCUGCGGGUCCAACUGGACGACAUUCAGAAAGAAAAUGCGCGCUACAUCGCAUUGUUGAAAGCCAACGACAUUUGCCUUUACGACGACCCCACCAUCCACUGGAAAGGGAAUCUCAAAAAUGCAAAAGUUUCCGUUGUGAUCCCCAGUGAUCAGGUGCAGAAGAACAUCAUUGUCUAUUCCAAUGGGAGUCAACUGGGUGGAAAUAACCAGGGGACAUCAGUCCAAGGAAUAACCUUUAACAUCAGUCAUAACUUACCAAAGCAAACGGCUAAUGUUGUCCCUGUCCAGAGAACUUGCAAUCUUGUCACUCCUGUCACCCUUUCUGGUAUCUACUCCACAGAAAUCAAGUCAGGGGUUGAGACGUCAGUUCCACCAUUGACGCCAGGUCUACCAAAUCUAGCCAAGAAAAUUCUCGAGCCCUCUACCUCUGAGAAUGAGCAGCGUGUGCUUAUGGCCACCAGUGCGGCUAGCUCCCAGAAUGCGUCAGAACCAGCAAAGAUGCCCCCUGAACUGCAGAACUCACUGCAAGGGGAGGUUGCCGCCACCAAACCUAAAAAUGGACAAGAGAGUUCCAGGUUACUCAAGGAAACCGGUGGGCCCAACAUCAGCCUUUCCUCCCGGGCUGAUACGGACGUACCAAAUACUGAACUAGCAGUGGUGACCUCUGAAGAGGAUUCAAGGAGUAUGUCCCAGGAAAGCUGUGGUGCUUCCGUACCCGAUCCCACCUGUAUUCCCUCCACCAGAUUGUCCGUUGUUGAUGGCUUUCCACCAGGAAGCGUCUGCAGAAGUCCACAUGGGAGAAGUGGCAGUGGAGUGCCUGCAACGUCUGCCGCGGAAGCGGCAAGGGCCGUCACCGAACUCAACCCUUUGCCUGCCACCACUUUAGAAAAGUGGCCGUUCCCCAGCUCUUCAGCCAUCGGCACUCCGGGCUCCAAAAACAUCGGUAGCCUGUCACGCAUCACCUCGGCGGGGAACACCCAGACGACAUGGACUACUUUGCAACUCGCGGGGAAUACCGUCCAGCCUCUAAACCACGCUCCAUCCAGCGUGAUGGCGGGCUUGUCAAACGAGCCAGUUCAUGCCGCCGGCGCGACAGCUUGCGUUCCUAACAGGUGCUCGGCCACCAGCGCUACUUUGAGCAAUCCUCCGCCUGUGGACGAGCAGACGCCUGAGCAGAUCGUGGUCACUUUGCCUUCCUGCCCAGCCUUACCUAUGCAGCCGCUAGUCGCAAAGACGCAGGUUCUCGCCCAGCUUGCAGGCAGCCUUCUCCCGUUGAAUCCAGCCAUGCAGGUGAUCCAGAUGGCCCAGCCCGUGGGCUCGGCUGUCGCCGCCCCGCCUGCCAAUCAAAACGUCAUCAUUCUCCAGCCCCCCAGUGCCGCCCCGUGCCCGCCCGUGUUGAGAGCCAAUGUUCCCAGCCAAGCCGUUAGCCAACAGAUCGUGAUCAUACAGACCGCCAACCAGAACCCGCUCUCCCUCUUCUCCGCCCCGCCACCUCCCCCGCCACCCGUUAGGGUGCCCGUGAACGGUGCCUCUCCCGCAGGGAGCGCCAGCAACCCCGUCCCCAACGCUUCUGGUCCUCACACGUUCGGUGGGAAGCACCUUGUCCACAUCUUACCCAGGCCGUCCUCUUCCUCGUCUUCUAGCUCGACGCAGACGUUUUCCGUCGCGGUGUCGAACAACCAGCAGCUUCCGCAGACGGUUUCUCUGAACGGGCAGUUGUUUGCUCUGAAGCCCGUCAAGUCCUGCUCCGGAGCUUCAGAUCAGGCCCCUAUGCAAAUUAUCCAGCCGACCACCAGUGAGGACCCCAACACCAACGUCGCCCUCAACACCUUUGGUGCUCUCGCUCACCUCAAUCAAAGCAUAUCUCAGAUGGCCGGUCAGAGCUGCCUACAGCUGCCCGUCACGCAGCCUGCCAAUCCGACCAUGGCCAGCAGCCAAGCUGCGCCGAGCGACCGCGUUCUGCUGGCAGCGACCCCCGCCACGCCCUCUUCGACGGCGGAGAACAGUCUCUUGACCAGCGUUUCACAGCCAGGGGAUGACUCCCAGCCGAAACCUUCUGGGGAUCUGCUCUCCAGUCUGGGCCCCAAGCGGCCUAGCAAGAAACCCAGCUCUAAGAAAUGUUCAGCUGCCAGUGUCAACCUGGCGUGUCGGACGAAUCCUUGCGGCAAAGACGCCAAGAAGCUCGAUGGUGGGGCUGUGGAAGCAGCACCCGAGCGUCCGGCAAGCGGCCUCUUGCUUGAAAACGUGCCUGCCGGCGCGGCGUUGCGAAGCUUAGCUCUGCCGCCGUUCAGCGACAGGGGGGCACCAAAUGAUGCCAGCGCUUCUGAGUCUCAUCCCAAAGAGAGAGCUGAACAUUGUGCGGUGUCUGCUCCGGCACCUGAUCUGAAUGCAGCUGCAGGGCCGAGGUCAUCUCCUCCUGGGCAGUUCACAGCGGUGGCUCCGGAUCCCCAAGACACCGUGUCUCCAUCUCUUCAGACGAGUAGACCUCAGGCUAAUAACUCAGCAACAAAUUCCCAGUUAGCUGAGCCAUCCCAGUGCGCUUCCACCAGCCCUUCGGCAUUUUCUGACUUGCCUACGACAACAUCUCAGAUCUCUGGGUUGUCUGUAACAAAUAAUGGGGCACCUGUUGAGCGCAUUCCUGGAGCAGAGGCUUCGGAGGACUGCAGGGCGGGGCAAGAUUGCUCUAUUGCCAUUCAAGCCACAGAUCUGCUAGAAGGUCAAGGUCUAACCAAGAUGCUCUCUGAACUCAGUAAAGAAGGAGACGCUGUACAAAAAACCUUCCCGGUCCAGGUGGCACACUCUGAUUUCUCUGCCCAAAGCGCCAAACCGGUUAUAGACUCCAGUGAUGAUUUGGUGGGGAAACAAGAGGAACUCUUACUGAUGAGCACUGAAGGGGGAAAUCUGACACCGUCUCAUUCCUGCUCCGCUGAACCAGAGGGGGUAGUCGCCAACAGGCAAACAGACUCGCCCAUGUCAACCAGCUCAGGGAGCAGCUGUGGCUUCUCUGUGGCGUCCAUGUUGCCAGACACGUGUCGGGAGAGUGUUCCCAGCAGCACUUCCGUAAAUACAUGUAACAGCUGCACAUUUUCUGAGCAAACCGAUAUCGUCGCUCUAGCGGCAAGGGCCAUUUUCGAUCAAGAGACCCUUGCGAAAGGUGCCGUGGCCGUGGCCCAGAGUGCUGCUCCCAAGGGUGAGGACGUAGCAUCUCUAGGAAGAGAAACACCUUUCAAGUCACACACAGUUAAAGACGCCCCCCAAAUAGAAACAGCGCCGAGCAGCUUUGGCGCCCAGAGUUCAGCGCAAAUGAACAUUGAUAGGUCAGCCGAGAAACAGGGCUGUUCUCUGAGAGUGGAAAUGUCCAGCGCGGAUUUGCUAGCCUCCCAGUCUUCGAGUGCAUCGAGCCUGAGUGUCAAUAACCUUAUCCACCAAAGCUGCAUCAUCCACCCGCCUGCAAGUUGCUCGGGUUUGCCUUUGUCUUCAGAUCAAGCAACUGUCCCUGCAUCAGGGACGCCCGCAAUGCCUGCCGCUUCGUACAUGAGCCAGUCCCCAGGGCGGUCUCCGGCCCUCAUUACAGAAUACACUCCAGAACAGCUGUCUGCCCUUCGGACGAAUGCCAUGCAGGCUCCUAGUCAGAUGCGCGAGCCGCACUUGAAGCAGCCGAGCCAGGAGAGCCGCAAGGAUUCGGCCAAGCGGGCCGUUCAGGACGAUCACCUGCUCUCCGCUCCGAAAAGACAGAAGCAGUGCUCAACAGCACCUCUGCAACUUGAAGGCAUGGCCUUGCUAAGCCAAGAGGCAAACAACAUUGCUAACCAGACGCAAAUCCUUGUCGGUCAGAUCCCGACCAAUUCCUCCAAUCCGGCAGUGUCGGUAAGCAGUCAAGGACAUGCCGACAUUGGUCAUAGCAGAUUAUUCCCCGCUGGCAAUUUUGUGCCCCCAGCUCUGCGGCAAGCCGAAGUUCAGUGUAAUCCUCAGGUUUCUGUCUCGGAUCAGCCCGGUCAAGCAGGACAGCAGCACUUGCCGCCUCUUCAGCACGCCCCCGCUCAAGGAAUGACCCAUCUUCAUAGCAACCACCUGUACAUAAAGCAGCAGCAGCAGCAGCAACAGGCAGGACAGCUGAGAGACAGGCAUCACCUGUACCAGCUCCAGCACCACAUCCCUCACACCGAGGCCUCUCUCCACUCUCAAGCCCACAGCGUCCACCAGCAAAGAGUCAUGCACCAAGAGGCGCAGAUGCAAAAGAAGAGGAGCCUGAUCCAAGCAGCCCAGCCCACUCCGCUCGGUUUGCAGCAGAAGCAUCACGGGAACGAGCAAGCGCGGCAGAAGAGCGGCCAGCCUCACCCCCACCACCCGCAGAUCCAGCAAAUGCAGCAGCACUUUGCGCCAUCCCAGCCGGAGAAGAGUUGUGAGAAUCCCGCAGGUACUAGGACCCACCACAGCCAUCCGCAGAGCCAUUUGAACCCGGAUGUUCUGCACCAGCAGCAGCAGCAGCCAGAUGUGGGCAACAGACAGCCAGGCUCGGGAGUGUCUUCGGAACAUGUGGGUGGCCACGGCCAGAUGCAGAGGCUGAUGACCUCCAGGGCUUUGGAGCAGCAGAUGGUGUCCCAGCCCAGUAUCGUCACCAGGCCGUCAGAUAUGACUUGUGCCCCGCACAGGCAAGAAAGAAACCGGGUUAGCAGUUACUCUGCGGAGGCACUGAUUGGGAAAUCCCCCUCUAAUUCCGAGCAGAGAAUAGGACUAUCCAUUCAGAGCUCAAGAGUUCCAGACCAGCUCGAAAUGAGAAAUUACCUCGACGUGUCCAGGAAUAAAGGCUUGGCGAUUCAUAACAUGCAAGGUCAUAUGUCUAUAGACCACACUGUCGGGUCGGAGGUUCAAAGGCUAUCUGAGUGCCAGACGUUCAAGCCAAGUGGGACUAACCAGCAGCCUGGUGGCAACUUUGAGGUGCAGUCCUCUAGGAACAGUGAUAUAGGUAAUUCGAUGCCAUCCCUCAGGGGUAUGCAGACUCAGGCUUUCCGAAUAGCUCAGAAUGCUGGACCGUCCAUAGACAGGCAGAAAAGAUUAUCCUAUCCACCGGUUCAAGGGAUUUCAACGGGCACCCCUCUCCCUCCCUCCCGGGACAAUGACAAUACUUGCCACCAAAGCUUCAUGCAGAGUUUACUUGCCCCUCAUCUCGGAGAUCAAUCAGGCGGAGGCCAGCGAUUAAUUUCGGAACAUCAGAGGAAUCCACAGUGUGGUGCUUCUUCCAUCAUUGAGUAUAACUGUCCUCCAGCAAGGGAGAACAUCCAUAUUCGAAGAGAUGGUGAAGGGCAGAAUAGGGAAAGUUGCGACAUGUCCCUUGGUGCUAUUAAUAACAGGAGCAAUUCUUUAAAUAUUCCCUUUUCAAGCUCUUCGUCUUCCGGAGAUAUUCAGGGCCGCAACACGAGCCCCAGCGUUUCGAUUCAAAAGACGAAUCCCAUGAGAAUGACAGAGAGCCACGGAGGCAAAGGUCCCAUGAAUACACCCGUUUCGAGCAAUGUGCACGGAGGCGUCCGGCCGGCCCUUCCCCACCCGCCAGUCUCUCGUGGGAAUGCUGAGCAAGUCCCGCCGUCAGUUCGUCAGCCGAAUUCUUCCGUCACGCAGCGCUCAAGGCAUCCGCUGCAGGAGAACGGCGGUUCUAAAAUCCGUCAGGCAGAAAGGAAUCGGUCUGGAAACCAGAGACACGGGAAUGCGUUUGAAUGCGUCCCCCACCUUCCUUUGCCUUCCAGCAGCAGUAUGAUCCUCGGACGGCAGCAGCCUACCCUGGAGAAAAGAGGUGGCAUUGUGCGAUUCAUGCCUGACGGCCCUCAGGUGUCUAAUGAUAGUGCCGCUCCAGAUCAGCACAGUUUGUCUCAAAAUUUUGGCUUCCCUUUUAUUCCAGAGGGCGGGAUGAACCCCCCAAUAAACGCCAAUGCAUCCUUCAUUCCGCCGGUGACUCAGUCCAGUGCUACUCGAACGCCAGCCCUGAUUCCAGUAGACCCCCAAAAUACGCUGCCAUCCUUCUACCCACCAUAUUCUCCUGCUCAUCCCCCCCUGUCCAAUGACAUUUCAAUUCCUUAUUUUCCCAAUCAGAUGUUUCCUAAUCCAGGCACAGAGAAGCCCAAUGGCGGAGGUCUGAACAAUCGGUUUGGCUCCAUCUUGUCUCCUCCCAGACCAGUGGGCUUUGCCCAGCCGAGUUUCCCUCUUCUGACGGACAUGGCCCCGAUGCACAUGGCCAAUUCAUCGCACUUGUCCAAUUUUAAUUUGACUUCUUUGUUCCCAGAGAUAGCCACAGCUCUUCCUCCGGACGGUUCGGCCAUCUCACCUCUGCUCUCGAUAGCCAACACUUCUGCCUCUGAUUCUUCCAAACAACCGUCCAACCGGCCUGCUCAUAAUAUAAGCCAUAUUUUGGGUCAUGAUUGCAGCUCAGCUGUGUGAAAAGUAGUGGACUGGAAGCCAGGCUGACUGGUGGGUUUCUUGUGCGUUUUAUGUACUUGCGUGUGUACACGUACGUGCAUACAGAUAUGCAUGGGUUUGGGGUUUCCAUUCCCUGAAGAGGCCAUUUGCAGCACCACUGUUUGUUUGUGGGAAAUGCGUGUAUGUAGGCAGGUGCUUUUGUAUUUCUACACACCCACGUUGCCAACCAAAAGCAUCAGUGCCUAUCUCCGCGCUUACAGGUCAGAGUAAGAAUGCAAUGCCUAUAUUUGUCUCGACAGUGUACAUUAAUCUGAGAGUUCCAGAUUCUAUGCUAGUGCCAAGAUCAGUCCUGGGCAAAAUGGGUUCCAGGGACACGAAUGCUUCAAAUUGCAUUUAUAAUGCUUGAGACGAGAGCUUUUGGUCCAAGGUCCAAAAGCGACCUUUUGGUCCAUCCUCAAGCAGCGACCCCUGACUAGGAACAUUUUUGAGUCUGUUUUGAGAUCAUUUCGAUCUUUUUCUUUGGGGGGGGUUUGCAUUAAAACAAGCUGUUAAACUAUGUUACGGCGGACUUCAGGUGGUAAAUCUCUGGUAUGCCUGCCCCCAAGUUUAAUUCCACACCUUGCUCCUAAGGAGGUGCAUUGGGGGCGGGGGGGGAGUGUAAAUGAAAAUAAUUUAUUUCCCUUCUUAAAUGUUUAUU